UACUCUAUACUAAAAGGAACAAAUAGUGAGUUUAUAGCCUGUCCACGUCGACAUAUUUAUUCCACCAAUCACAACAUUUGCUUAAUACACGUCGGAUACACGUCGGAUAGCGCAGAUUUUUUUUUUGCUUUCAUUCUCGCGGACAAAACCGCACACAAAGAAAUUUGGGUCUCAUAAUAAAUUGUCUGGGCUUGGUUUGGUUAUUGGGCUUGCUCAGAGGAUAUUAAAAAAAAAAAACACACGCGAGGCGGAACCCUCGAUGCUCCGCGCCUCCAUCUCUUCGUCUUCACCCUUUGUUCUUCAUCGUUACAGAUCUUUGGAUCCACAUCUCUACAAUCAAUACCCCACGACAUCUCCAUCCAUCAAUUUGUCCUUUAUGAGUUCGUUUCGGUUAGCUUUCUCCCUUCUCCUUUAUAUACUGUUCAUCUCUUUUGAGUGGAAACCAAAGCUCGAACUUCUCUCCUUAAUCUAUGGCGAUCAAACCGAAUGGAAAAUCCCCUGUUACCUCCGAUCACGAUGACAAAAUCAUGCUUUUCCGCGAUGUCACACCGGGUCCCCACGAAACCCAGCUGCGUUUCCGCUUGAUUCAUUUCUGGGAGGCUUGGAACCCUAUAAAGAAGACGAUUAUUGGGAUUGAGAUGCUGUUAAUUGACGAGCAGGGAUCUGUUAUCCAAGGAUUCAUUUCGCCAAGUCGUAUUGAGAGACAUUUGUCUAAAAUGAAGCCUGGAUCGCUUUACAAGCUCAACAAUUUUUAUGGAUCAAGCAACAAAACCAUGUAUCGGGUUUCUGAUCAUGCUGUGACGGUGUCGUUCUCAUGGAACUCGGAGCUCUCUGUUCUUGAAGACAGUCCCACUCCUUUUGAUGAAGACAGGUUCCGUUUUCAUUCCUUUGAGGAAUUUCAAGCUGGCUGUGAUCGCAAAGGAGACCUCUACGAUGUUCUUGGGCACAUGAAGCUGAUUAAUGGUCAGUGUCUCACUGGGACCCCAGUUCUGGAUGAAGUGGAAAUAGCUAGGGCGAGGCAUGUGUUGGUUCAUGUGCAGUCAUACGAUGGACCUGUGGUGAAGCUCUACCUUUGGGACCAGGCUGCAAGAGACUUCUGCAAAAAAUUCAAAUCAUACGAAGGCACCCCCACCGUGUUAUUGGUGACGACCGUUAACACCAAGAGUCUCGGAGGUACUCUUGCACUUACUACAAUGUCCUCCUCACGUGUCUUUAUGGACCGCGACGUCCAACCUACGGUCGACUACCUUAGCUGGUUGGGCUCUAACCCACAGAGUGCUGAGUUGGUUAAUGCAGAAGUGGUCACUAAAAGGGAGACACUGACCAUAGGAGAAAUAUUCUCCUACAUCAGUGAUGGAUCUAAUAAGGAGGCUUUUUUUGAGUGCACGGCUACGAUUGAUGAUGUGGUCUAUGGUUCAACCUGGUAUUACAUAUCAUGCAGUGGUUGCCAUACUAAGGCUACGAAAGGCCCUACUUCUUUGAUGUGUUCAAAAUGUGGGAAAGUCAACAUAUCAGGAGUACCACAGUACCGUGCACAGAUAUCUGUCUAUGACAACAGUGAGCAAGCUGUUUUUGUUCUGCUUGGUGAUGCUGGUUUUGAGUUAACCGGGAAGCAUGCAGCUGAGUUAGUCAGCAGCUAUUUUGAGGCUAAUGGAGACCAAGGAGUUACUCAAGAGGUGCCUUUCCCGGAAGCUUUAAUUAGCACUAUCGGUCAGAAACAUAACUUUUGUGUAAAAGUUACACAGCACAACUUAGAUGGCAAGUCUCGAUCUUUGACUGUCACCAAGAUUCUCCCUAUGGAAUCUCCACCAGUCACAGAAGCUUCGGGAGGAAACUACAACCCGACAACCUCGGAGGACGGAUUUGAGACUGGAACGAAGGUGUGUGAAGCUUCCAAAACCAGUGUGGAUUCGGGAGAGGGAAGUAAGAGCAAUGGUGACAUUGAUGAGAUGGGCAAAGCAAAACGCCUCAAGCGUGGGGUUUAGAUUUUACGUGUGUCGUAGCAUGUCUUGCAUGGGAUUACGUCUGAAGUUUUUUUUUUUUUUUUCUCACUCUGUUAUUGACUUAUGAUUUCUUUCAGUUUCUCUAAAGUUUUUUAUAAACUCUGAAUGCUUAUGUUUUGGUAAUCAAUAUUCUACUUUUUAAGGCUUAUAACUCUGUUUCUUUAGGUGUUUUGAAAUAUAACUUUGUGACAAAUACCGAAUAUGAAAAUCAUUUUUUAACGAA